AGUCUGAAUCUGUCAACUCUCGAGUUCCCUUCUUUCUCUGCCGCCCGCACUGAUCUGCCGGCAAGGCUGGACUCUGGUGAUUGAUCCAACGAACCAGCGCCAAAAAAGCAACGGAAUUCGACCAACCCGGUGGAAAAUCUUCUCUCACCAGGAAAUGAGGAAGAGAAUAAGGGGAUAUCGAGAGAGGUUUUGAGUAAAAUCUCCUGCCUUUUUUCUGUUCUUCUGGUCUUGAACUGGCCUCAGGAAGGCAGGGGAAAGGAAAGGUCUCCCCUUUGUGUGUGAGAGAGAGAGGGAGAAAGAGAGAGAGAGAACUGGAGGAGGCGGGGAGGGAGAGGGGAAAGGGAGGCGGAAGAGAAGAGAAGGCAUGGUGAGGAAGAAUGGGUGGCAGCUCCCAGCUCACACCUUCCAGAUCAUUGCAAUUACAGUCUUUUUCCUUCUUGUGGUUGCGUUUUAUGCCUUCUUUGCACCAUUUCUGGGAAAGCAAGUCCUUGAAUAUGUCGCAUUCGGCAUCUAUACUCCUGUGGCAUUUGCGGUCUUCAUCCUUUAUAUUCGGUGCACGAGCAUAAAUCCUGCAGAUCCUGGGAUCAUGUCAAAGUUUGAUGACGGCUUCCAUAAUGCACCAGCAAAUAGUACUGCCUUACAGGGCACAAAUUUGCCGGAAAGGGCCGAUAUUGCUACUGGAACAAAUUCCCCAACUUCUACCUUCAGGAGCUCUCUAGAUGGAGGCUCUAACCAUGGUCAUUUAUCCGCUGGAGAUAGAAAUAUAAAUUCGACCUCAAGGCAGCCAAGAAGUCCAAGUUGCUCCUUACUUGGAGGAUUUAUUUGUGCCUUGUUUGUUGAGGAGGAUUGCAGGAAACUUGUUGAUUCAGAGCAUCAAGGUGAUGCAGAAGAUGCCUUGUUCUGCACAUUGUGUAAUGCCGAGGUUCACAAAUUCAGUAAACAUUGCAGAAGUUGUGAUAAGUGCGUGGAUGGUUUCGAUCAUCACUGUCGGUGGCUAAAUAACUGUGUGGGACGCAAGAACUAUUUCACAUUUCUUGCUCUGAUGAUUACCAGCCUCCUCUGGCUUGCCAUUGAAAUCGGGGUCGGGAUUGCUGUUCUUGUUGUAUGCUUCGUCAACAAGAAUUCAGAAAGUAUUAUCCAACACAAACUUGGGAAUGGUUUAACUCGUCCGCCCUUCGCGACUAUAGUAGCUAUAUUUACUGUUCUUUCUCUGAUUGCUUGUAUACCUCUAGGAGAACUCUUCUUCUUCCACAUGAUACUGAUCAGAAAGGGGAUCACAACUUAUGAAUAUGUGGUUGCAAUGAGGGCUAUGAGUGAAGCACCUCAGGAAGAGGAGGAAGAGGAUGGUGUAAACAUUGUUUAUUCCCCAACAAAUUCAGCAACUACUGGAUUCAGCGGUGGAAGUUCACUUGGUCUUCCCUACAAGGGUUCAUCAUGGUGCACACCUCCCAGGAUUUUCAUUGAUCAGGAUGAAGUGAUCCCACAUUUGGAGCCAGGGAUGGUGCCAUCAACCAUCGACCCUGACACUGCUGAAAGAGCAAACAAAGCCAGGAAGCAAGUCAAGAUCAGUGCGUGGAAGCUCGCGAAGCUUGACACCAACGAGGCGAUGAAAGCGGCGGCGAGAGCUCGGGCAUCUUCCUCCGUCCUCCGGCCGGUGGACGGUCGCCGGGGCCAUGACGGUGAGCUGAGCUCCAGCGGCAAUGGCAGUGUCAGGAGUAGCAUGAGCGCUGACCACGGCGGCGCCAAGGAACAGAGGAGGGUGUCGUCUCUUCCGAGCUCGUGUGCACAGAGCAUGGCGAGCCAGGACGAGUUCGAGGCGGCCACGCAGAGUGGCAGCAGCGUGAUGAGCAGCCCGGUGCACAUCCACAAGCUCGCGCCUCCUCACGCCAAGAUCAGCUUGCAACCACCUCGACCGCCGCCAAUGCCGGUGGUGCACAACGCGCCACCUCGACAGCCGCCGGCGGCGGCGACGACGAUACCUCGGCCGCCACCUGUGCCAACGACGACGAGGAUAUCCAACCCGAUGUUCCAGUCGGCGACGUCCUACGUCCGGGAGAACCGCAGAGCGUCGGUCGUGUGGGACCAGGAGGCUGGCCGGUACGUGUCGGUGGCGCCGGCGCCGGCGCCGGCUAGACCAGGAGGCGGCGGUGUCGCCGAUCAGCCGGCGAGGGCGCCGCUCUUCUUGGCGAACCCAGGUGGCGAGCGCGAGCCAGCGAACGCCCGAGGCCGGAAUAAUCCCGCGCCCACGAACGCCGCCCCUUCGUCGUCGUCGUCGAUGGUACCAUCUGGGCAGCCGUCGGAGGGGCUGACGUACUCCGGGCAGUCGAUAUUCUUCGGCGGGCCCCGGCUGGCCGCCGGCGGUGGCACCGAGCCUCGAAGGGAGGAGGCGGGGACGAGGGCCCGCGCCGGCGCCGGCGAGUCCUUCCCGGUGUUUGCUCCCGGAACGUUCCAAAAUAAGCCACCGUUCCGUAGAUGAAAUCCUGAACGCAUUUUCUUACCAACACCCAGCAAUGGCGAUAUCAUCGCCGGCCGCAUAAGACUUCUCAGGCGAGCCGGCAAUGACACAGGAAACAGAUGAGCAUAAGCAAUGCAAGAAGAAGAUGGUGCUUGAGCUUCAAAGGAAGGAUCUUUACCUGUGGAGUUUGUAUCAGAAUUUCAGGAGCAGAGAAAUAGAUCAUUAUGUACACACAGGAACACGAUUCUUUUGUAGGUAAUUAACGAAAUGCGGUUAAACUCCACGAGUUAGUAAUAAAAACUAACUGAAUUUUGAACUCAGAAAACUUGUGUCCGGGUUACCGAAGAUCAACGUCCACCAGGUCUCUAGAAAUCAUUAAAUGUUUGAAUCAUCUACGAGAUUAUCAUCAUAAUCACCUUGGAAGAAAAAUAAAACCAGCGGGGUCAU